GAGUGAACUCACAUACAUGUGCGAUUUUGAUAAAGGCGGUGAUACAGUUACCGCUAUCGGCCUGGAAGCUACUCCACAGAAAUGUGUCUUUUGGGUGGCCUCAAACUCAAGCCCCGAGAAAGAGAUUGGACCAUUUUUGGAAUCACUUCUUACAAAGUUGUAUACAAUAGCAUUUGCAAAGGUCUCGUCCAAGCUAAUGGAAAGAGAGAACCUAAUUGCUAAGUGUAUAAACUUUGCCGCACCUAGAAUCAAGAAAUACAGGGCUCUUCUUAAGAAUGCACUGAAGCGUUGUUUAGAUCACUUGAGAACAAUGGAAAAUGAGGACCUGACUGGCCUUUCGGAGUGGCUUCAGCGUUGGGAGAGCCAACAGGACCCAGACUUAGUCUUGUGUCGCUUUGCCUAUGAUCAGCGAAAAUCUGAGCCCAUGCGCAUGCUGGCUCGGUUAAGCACGGAACCAAAGUACAAAAGCGACAGACACGCAAUUCGUCAUUCAUUUGGGCUCGUGAGGCAUUACAUUGGAAGACUUGGACACCAUUUCCGGGCGGCCGAUACGCUGCUGUCCUGUGUCGCGAGACUGCAGGAGGAUCUGCAUGAUUUUGAAGUUCGCUGUAUUCCUAGACCACCCAAGUCUAGUAUACCUACAGCAGACGGGAAGACCAACUUGAAAAGUAUACUGGUCCGCAUGCUUCCUGCUAAGUCCCCAGAUCACGAUCGCUACCAGGAGGCUCUCGUAGAGAUGGAUACAAAACAUCACCUCUCUCGCGAUUUUCUGAAGAACUACAAGGAUUCUGGUUGGAAAGCGCGAGUCCACGCCGAGAUCCAGGUCCUAGAGCACUUCCAUGCUGGCAAGUUGUCCUUUGCCUCCGGCGAUCCAUUUAUCGCCUGCAGCAAACCCGCCUGUUUUUGUUGCUUGCUCUAUUUUCAACAUCAUCCAGGCGACUUCGUGUUGCCAGCGUCACAUCGGAAGAUAUAUCUUAAUUGGCGACCGCCGGAUGCUGUCCCUGGAGAUGAAAACAGUGAGUUAUGUCUGAGGGCUAUCAUAGACGCGAUGACAAAGACGAUUCGUCGGGAUGCUUUGCGACAGAUUGAAGAGAAGGUUCCGCCGAAGGCCUGGCACCCCGACUCACUUACUAGGAUCACAGAAUCUGCUGUAUUGUACGAUAAAAUACGUGAAUCAUUGGACAACGACAGCGCAUGUGGAUCAAAAGAACCCCUGAUGGAAUCUGAACACUGUGGAAACUCGUCAUGGACAAGGAACGACGACUUAUCCUCUGUCUUUUACGCAGACUUUUCUGGGAGCGAAAAUGGACAGACGAUGCCAGAAGCGUGUUACAGUUUUGAAGAACGGUCAGAUGAAUCAGACGGGGGCGUGGUGCUCUGAAUUUUCCUCAGAGUUAAUGACCCAAUGUUUUACCAGAGAUGUCUUUUCAUGUUUUCGGGAAGCUAGAUGUAACUUAAUGUUAAAGCCAACAAAUUUGCCAGACUUAAUAAAAGGAGCACUCAGGGAAAAAAACC